GGUAUUUUAAACAUUCUCCAAAAAGACAAUUUGUACAAAGAAAUUUCUCUGCCCUGUCGGAAAAACUUAGAACUUGACGUCGCAGGAGCUACAUCGAGCGGAAAAUUUACUGUUGCUCGCGAUUUGUUACCAAAAAUUCAAGCACUCAAUGCUGUUCGUUGCAUCCUGGAUAGGUCGUGUUCAUUCCAUUACGAAAUCAACAAUCGAAGCAUUGAGUCGUUUAUCUGGGCUGUUACUCACAUCAUGCAAAACGGAAGUGUGAAAGAUAAAGAAUCCAUCAAAUCUCACUUUCUUCAAUUGAGCUUAGAAGGUGAAUUUUUGAAUUCGCCGAAAUCUGUUAAAGAUUUCGUGUCGGACAUACUGCAGGAUGAUCUUAGCAAAGUGAACGGCGCACUGUCCACUGACAUUUCCAUACCUGCUUCAAAACAGAAACCAUCUUUAGAUUUCUCAGCUAAUCCCCGUUUGGAGUCAAGGCACAUAGAGCAACAAAUCAUCUCGUGUUAUAAUGUAACUGAAAUACAGCAAUUAGUUACGAAAGUUUCAACAAAGAGCAUGAGUAGAUCGAUGUGGAAAAUAAAUCCUUGUUGGGAGUUGCCAAUUCCCUUGCAAAGUGUUUUAGUUGCUAUGCCGAAAGGCUUUUUGCAAGACUAUAGUUUUAUAUUACUAGCCAAAUCGAAAGAAUUGAUGCUCAGUAAAAAUUGGAAUAUGUCACUAGUGUUACUUAAAAUUUUAAAAUCGGAAAUUCAAAACAGCUCCGGAGCAUUUAUAGCGAAGUUAAAUAGAUUAAUUUCGUGGGAGGCGCUACUAAUACAAAUCAAUCAAUUACUGGAAGAGUGGCCUGCACCUGCCAUCGACAAGAAGCUGCUAGCCGAGGAGUGUGAAACUUGCCUACAACCCGCGGAAUCCGUUUUGCCAAGAACGGAAAUAAUGGAACACUGCGCCCUGUGCCUAUUGAAUCUGGGCCAUUUCGAAUUUUUAUCGCUUUUCGAGAAGAGGUUGAGCUAUUUUGAGAUCGCCGCGACUAUCGCUAGCGCCUCCCAGGAUUUGACCAAAUUUAAGGGAAAUAAAAAACUUUCGAGGGAUUUGUGGGAUUUAGUUCUUCCCGUUUUCGGUACUGUACCUGCCCAAUCCAAACGGAAUAGUACGGGUAAUACAACUCUAAUGCAGAGAGAUUCUCCGAUUAAUAACACCAAAAAUACUAAGAGUGUGCUGUUGUCGUUUUUCUUGCGAUUGAGAGAUUCAACUGUGCUCACUGUUAUAAUAUCUAUGCUAUCAAAGUUACACAAUGUGCUGCGAGAUGAGUCCAGUCUAGAAUUAAAUAUGGAUUACAUCAUGUUGUGGCCAGCUGCUGUUAGCAAUGCCAAUUCGUAUAAUCCAAAAGUGGUAUUGGAAGUGUUGCAGGUAAUAUUAGAAAAAGCAUUGCAAUAUUAUCCCUUUAACAUAUCAUGGAUUAGGCUUAUGGGUGAUAUCAAUUUCGUAAAUGAACAUUACGAAGAGGCUUUGAACAACUAUUUAAAAUCGUUCAUUGUAUGCAGCGAUAAUUUUACUAUUCCAAUUAGAUAUGACGAUUUGGUAAUAAGGAGGAUGAUAAAAAGUUGCGGAAUGCUAGGUUGUUAUACUCAAGUUGGAAUAUUAUGUCAGUUUCUUGAGAACGUUGAUUAUACACUGGCAUUUCAUAGUUUGGGUCUGGUGGAGCAAAAAUUAAGCGGCGACGCCUUGGACGCGUAUUAUCAUUGCAUUUGGAACAACAGUAUUUUAGAGUAUUUAGUUCAUAUUCAUAACAAAAGGGGAGAGUUUCGACAAAGAAAGCGAGCCACUCAAGUUACGGGUUUGUUAGAGCUGAAUUCUAAUAAUAAUGAAGAAAUACGACAUGAAGCUAGUAAUUUAAGGAAAAAUAUUUUUCUACGUGCUCUUUGUAAACUCUAUGUGCAUUGAAAAUAAAAUAGUAGAAGAAUUGUC